GAGUAUUGAGCUAAUAGAUAGUCAAGAUGGUUAUUCCCACAUGUUUUUUACACCACCUACUUGGGUUUGUUCUAAUGUGUCUAUAGAAGAGAAGAGGGAAUACACGAACACAUAAAAAAACAGUAAGGAGAUUUGAGGAGAAAACUUAUAUCGCUGGAAUAAGUCGGUCCAAUCACCAGGAACGUUUAUAGAUUAGUUGAGAAAGAUAUCUUUGGAGAUGCUAAAAUUUGAGAGAGAAUGCAGAUCCCUACAACCAAUUCUUAUCAGUUCAAUGCUGCUAAAACAGCCAAAAUCCUUAAUAUUCAGGUUGGAAAGAGAUUGUCCAAGGAUGAGAAGUUUCAACAACUUGCCAUGCAGCGCUAGCUUGAAGCUAUUGAUCCACACCGUAGGUAUUGGCACAAUUUACAUCUCUAUUGCAAUAUCUGGUUCAAAGGACAAAGGCUAUAGCAUUUCUUUUCCUGGUUGGAUGUUGGAGAUGGAAAAGUAUCAAAUCUUGAGAAGUGCUCACAGGACAAUUUGCAAUGGCAAUGCAUCAAAUAUCUAGGACCAGCAAGUUUCAAGUCAUUGAAGAGUAUCAACAAUCUCAAGAGUAGACAUUGCACUUGAAUUUAUUUUUUCAAAUAAUGUAAAGUACUGAACUAAUUAUAGCAUAUUAGCUAGCAUUCUCACGAACACAUAUUAUCAUUCCUCCAAUAGAAAGAGUGAGAAUCAUAUAAAAUCGUGGUUGAAAA